AACACAUUUUUUUUUAGAAUUUGAAGUUGGGAAAACGGAGCACGAGUGUCACGAAUAUGAAGACUCAAAUAAAGUUGGUGUAAUUUACACUGGUGGACACUGGCACCGUGAACAAAAGAAUCUGUUUCGAUAAAAAAACGUAUUUUGAUUGUGUCAAUGUCUUGUCAAUAGUGUCAUGUGUAAUUUUUUAUGGCAUGUUAUUGUGAGGUUAUGUUUAUGUUAGUUUUUUGAAUUCAGCGUGAAUUCCGCACUCUAUUUUAAUAUUUUUAAUUAAGGAAAGGAAAUGUUAAGGCAAAUUUUUCGAUGUAUUAAGCCUAAAAGCAAAGAUUUGUGGAAUCAAACUGGAUUAACUUAUGGCAGUAAUAUUUUAAAAUUAAAUAACACUAGAUUUUAUCAAUUUAAUCUUAACUCAACUUAUGUUGGAAAAGGUUCUCUGCCCUCCAACAUCACAGGCAAAGAGAAUAUUUACGCCUAUAACGUUUUACAAAAAGUUUCUAUGAAGAAGCAUAUUAAAACAGUCGAUUCUGAUGUAAUUUCUACAAAACAGUUCAAUGAUAUGUUAAACCAAAACUGGAGAAAAUCUAGCAUUGGAGAUAUUGUUGAUACCUUCUUAAAAGUCAAGAAUUAUUGUGUUUUAAAUAAUAUCAACGUGUCUGAUACCAGGUUUGAAAAAUUAGUAGAUGGGGUAAUCGACAAUUGUGAACAAAUCAGUGAUAAACAACUUAUUAGUCUACUUUAUUGCCUUGCAGAGUUUCCAUUGGAAGCAUCUUAUUCAGCGCAUAAUUAUCAUGAUCUUUGGAGCUGUUUGGAUGACAUUUGUUGUUGGAAGAUAGUUGAAUGGGACAAUGAUACAUGUUUUCUCGUUGCUGAUGCUUGGUAUCAAAUGCAUUUAGGGAAGUUCUGUGAUUAUAUUUAUAUUCUACUUGAUAGGUUUGUAAAGAAAGCUGACAAAUUAACCAAAGAACAAUUAGUCAAUAUUUAUUUUUAUUUAAAUAUUUGCCGACGGAGGGCUGUUGAUUUUGAAUAUGAAUUUGCAUUAGAAAAAUUGGUAAAUGAAAUGGAUGUUGAUGAAAUGGCUGUGGUGGCUAUGGGAUAUUUUAAAACUAAAACCAAAAUCAAACUUACUUCUAUUCUAGAAGCCAUGGCUGAUAAAGUUAGUGAAAAUUCAAAGAACAUUCAUCAAAUUUCUUUAUCAGCUAUUUUAAAAGUUUUAAGAUAUUCACAACCUAUUAAAAUCUUUUCAAAAAUUGUAGAUCUUUCUGACAAACUAAGUACUGAAGUUGACAGGUUAACAUAUACAUGCUGUACUCAUUUGGCAUUGAUGAGUACUGGGAUACACUCUUACAAUGAAAGAAUAUUUCAAGAAAUCUCAAAUAAAUUCAUUAAGGAAAUAUCAAAUGAUAGCUUAAUUCGUAUCAAAGAUAUAGAAAGAUUAUUAAAUGCCUUGGUGAUGUUCAACUAUGACCCAAAAACAACACCAAAUAUAUAUAAAGCAGCAUUAGAUGAGCUGCACAAAAGACAAGAUGAGUUGAAUGAUUAUCCUAGAUCCUUAAUAUGUACUUUGAAUUAUCUUAGUUUGCAAAAUAUCUAUUCUUACGAGUUUCUUAAUAAAGUUUUGGAUAUAGAAUAUAUUGACAAAAAUUUUGGCAAGGGAACCAGAUCAGUACCUAGAGAAAUAUUUUCUUUAAACACCUGUAUAGAUAUUGAGUGUCCAGAUUAUAGUGGAAAUCGUUUACCACCUGCUAGAAAAUAUAAAUCUGUUAAGUGGUUAUUAGAUUGGACACCUACUCAUGAUCAGUGGAAAAAAUUAACAAAGGCAGAUCAACUGGUUUUAAGUGCAAUUGAUGCUGUUAAGGGUAUUGUUAAAAAUGAAAAACUCAUGUAUAUUAAUCAUAUUUUGCCGCAUUUUACAAGAGCAGAUAUUGUUCUAUGUAGAAACAAGAAAACUGGUGAGUUUAUAGAACCAACUGGAUUUGAAAAUUAUGUAUUAGGAGAUGUAAUGUUUCCAGUUAACAAUAGUUCUCUAGAAUGGUUUGCAAUAGUAAUAUUAGGUUGGAAUAACACAAUCCAUAAUGGUUCAGCUCUUUUAGGACAUUCAUUGAUGAAAGACAGACAAUUAAGAAAAAUUGGUUAUAAACCUGUUCAUGUCAUUUGGAAUGAGUUUACAAAAUUAUCUGAAGCACAGAGAAAGAAUUACAUUUUAAAUAAGCUUCAUUAGAAUAAUUUUGUUAUUACGUCUAUUAAAUGAAAUCCAUACAUUUUCUGCUUAACCAUGGAUGGUCUAAUGAAUGACAAACCACAAUUUUUGACCGAGUAGGUAAAUAUUCAAUUUCAACAAUCACAUUUUUUAUAACUAUGAUAGAAAUUAAAAUUGAAAAUAAAUAUGUAAGUUUACUUUUGAUGUCAUUAAAUGUCAGUAUUUACUCUAAAAUUUACCCAAAAAAAGUGAAUAGAGAAUCUAUUAGUUCUGUCAAAUAGCAAUUUCAACAUUUUUGUAUCAUUGAAAUAAUGUUAAUCUCCUCAAUAUGUCACUAAUUUAUAAACCGCAAGUAUCAGUAAAAACAUGAUUUAAAUUUAUUUUGUUUAAUUGCACUUAUAUGUUUAUUAUUUACAAUAAAAAUAUUUUUGAAUGAU